CAGCCAAUGCCUUGAGAUGCCUCGAUGGGUCGACUUCUGGAAGCCUCCUUUGGUAAACGGCGCCACAGUUGUCACUGCAGAGGCGUAGGCAUCCCUUAACCUUGAACUAUAUAAGUCUCCCUUCACCAGAUGAAACGGUUUCUUGAUUGCCAUGAUUUUUUCUUGUCCUUCUCGUCACAGCCGACGUCAAGAUGGACCCCCAACGACCACAUGAACACGACCGAGACCCCCCAUACACCGAAUACCCCCUGGAUCCUAUGACUGCAUUGUUUCCAAACAUCUAUUCAUCCUUGUGUGGUGACUGGACUGGGGGCGCAGGUGGCCCUGUGCUGGCUGAAGCGAACACUGUCCAGCAAGCGCAGUUCCAGCAUGCGACCACAGCCACUGCCUCGCAGUCCCCGGUCCCAAAGCAACAGGAAAACUUCAGCGAUCGCCGCGCCGAAACUUCUGUCCAACAAACCCUGACUGGCGCUCCCAGCUUGCUCGACCCCCUGCAGGAACGCGUGGACUCGGCGCCAAACGGCGCAAACGGUGACAUUGCUAAUACUCACGCCCAGCUGCAUCACGCUGGAUUGCAGGCGAAUCCCAGGCAGCCUGCCUUCCAGGCCAGUCAGACGUUAAGUCCGAGCGACAGCCCCAGGCUGCAGUGCAGAUGGGAGGACUGCACGAGAAAAACAUGCUUCCGCCGCGAGGCUGAUCUGAUGCGCCAUAUCAGGACAGUCCACGUCUCGCCCAAUGCUUAUGUAUGCCCAGAGCGAAACUGUGGCCGCCCCUUUGGCCGCAAAGAUCAUCUGGGCCAGCACAGGAAGCGUCGUCAUUGAUUCGUCUUCUUCUUCUUUCCUUCAUUUCUUCUUUUUGUUCAUCUUCUGAGGGUUUAAUGGGACAUGGUAUUACGACUGUGAUGGGUGUUACGAGAGAUGGAUUUCGGGUUUGUUAUCAUGGCUUGACGGGGUUAUUUCUAGACUGGCAUACAAGUACAAAUCGACGACAUUAUC